AUGAAACUGAUAUUUGUUCUCGAAACCCUCCUCUUCAGCCUCGCUGUUGCCUCUUGUCCAUACGGCCAUGACAACCACAAAUGGCAAAGACCACGGCCAGAAGACAGCCGCUCUCCAUGCCCGGGCCUUAACGCAAUGGCCAACCACGGAUACCUCCCACGCAAUGGCAAGAACAUUGACUUGGCCGUAGCGCGCGCCGCCAUCUCAGGAGCCUUCAAUUACGAGCCCACCACGAUAGACUUCAUGUUCCAAGCCGCGAUCGACUUCAAUCUCUCGACAACGGGUAAUAGAAGCACCAUCCACCUCGCAGACCUGCGCAAGCACGACACCAUCGAAUUUGACGGGUCCCUCAGCCGCAGCGACCUCUACUUUGGCGACAACCUGCACUUUAACCCGUCGAUCUGGGCCACCGUCGCUGAGCACUUGAACCUGUAUGACACCGGCCCAUGCGGGAACGAAACAUAUGUGACGACGAGGCAGGGGCGGUGCCGAAGAGCUGGGUUAGGGCAUUCUUUGGUGCGUAUAUUCCUUCGAGCCAAUGGGCUCAGAUGA